AGGCUCGCUCGAACUCGGCUCCUUGACGGCCCUCCCGGCUCCCGCUCAGGGCCUCAGGUUAUCUCCUCCCUCUGGUUCUUAAAGCUUUCCCUUCCCUCGGACUCUAUCCUCCCUUGCUCUUCCUUCCCCGGCGGCGACGACUGGGCGAGCGGCGGCGCCAUUUGUCCCUUUGCUGGCGAUGAGCGCAUCCUCCAGGUUUGGCUCUUGCUAAUUUAUCUAUUCAAGAAGAAGGAAAGAAUGAGCUACUUCCAAGCUACAACUUGCAAGCCUCACGGUGGGCUCAUUGUGAACAGACCUAUAGCAGGUCUUGGGAGCACCAGUCAGUAUCCCUUACGUUCGCAUAGUCUCGGAUUUCACAAGCUGCAACGGAAAGUGUACCCAAGACUAGUGCUCAUUGCUGCUAGCCACAAAAGGCCUACUUCCGUUUGCGCCUUAAGCGGAAAGGGAAACCCUGAUAAUGUUGGUGAUCCUUUAAUGGAAUCUUUGAAGAAAGCCAUGGCUGAUGCAAAAAAGCCCCGGCCCAUACAAGACUUGUUGAAAGAGCAGAUGGCUAAGCUGAGAGAACAAGCGUCUGGUGGAGGUGGAGGGAAUGGAAAUCGACGUGGAGGCAGUGGUGGUUCUGGUGGCCCAGAAGAUGAAUCGUUCAAGGAAACAUUGGAUGAAAUAGUCCAAGUUAUCUUAGCCACUGUUGCUUUCAUACUUGUGUACAUCCAUAUAAUCAGAGGGGAGGAGCUUUACCGUCUUGCUAGGGACUACACCAGGUAUCUUGUCACCGGUAAGAGGACUGCUCGACUGAAGCGUGCGAUGCAAAAAUGGCGCAAUUUCUCUGAGAGCUUCAUGCAGAAGGAAGACUCAGAAGAGGACAAGUACGAGAGACCAGCUGCUUCGAAACCUACGUGGUGGCAACAGCCGCAAAAGUUUGUCCAUCUUAUGGAGGAGCUUUGCAGGGGAAACUGGCGUCCGCAUGCUCAGGAGUCUUAAACCGGGUGUUCCAGCAUCCUUUUUUAUUUUUUGACCCAUUGCAGAAUGCAGAAUAGGGGUGGGCAAAGACUUAGUUGCAUGGCUGUUUCAAUGAGUUGCUAGAUGUCCCUGUUACCUGGAGCAAUGAAUUUUUUUUGUUCUUUGAUGUAGAUGCUGUCUCUGAUUUGUUAAAGUAUGAUGGGAGUGAGUUGAUUCUCGGAAAUUUUGUAGUUGAUGUUACCGCUUAUUCGAGACCAUAAUAUGCCAAUCAAAGUUGGUGGUAACUAUUUGCAUGUCAUGGACCACAAAACUGAUGAAGGAAUGUGUGUAUUUGCCCUUCGUAUGGGAAA